AGUGCGUCAAAAUACGUCCUCUGCGCUUCGCGUCUCCUCCGCACAAAUCAAAUCGUUUGCCACAGAAGGAAGGAAACUGAAGAGCUGGUUUACCUUAAACUUAUUUAAUGAAUUUGGUUAUACAGGCUAGUAGCUACAUUAAUCAAGGGGUUUAUCUGCAGUUUGCCAAAGCGUUAGGUUUUAAUUGUAGAAGGUUGCGCGUGCAAGACAAGGAAUCCCAUAAAUUAUAUCCCCGUUGAGAUGGGGUUGUUUGAUUAGAUUGUGACGACGGUAAUGCAGACAGGAAUUAGAAUUUGAACAUCGUAUCCGAGAGGACUUGUUUUAGCUUGGCACCUGAGGAAUGAUUUGAAUCCAAUCAAAAAAGUCGUCGUUGAAUUCCCUGUGAUGCGUAUCUUUCAGCAGGUGUCAGAUUGGAGAUUUAGUUCAUUGUAGUGGCUCCAGCUAAGAACCACUCAGGCACUGAUACACCGAAGUGAUCAGGUUUUCCCUGAUCCGAAUCCUGCUUUGGAGAUGGAGGUGAUUCGUCGCUCCUCUGUGUUUGCAGCCGGGGUGCUGGAAGCCUUUGACCAUUCCCCGUCCGACAAAGAACUGGUGUCCCAGUCCAAGGCACUGUGUAGAGAUUACAUACACUCGAGGCUCAACAUCUAUGGGCUGGGCUCGUCCAAAACUCAGGUGGACUCAACGCUUUGUGAGGUGUCUGCCGUGCUUCUCUGUCUCGGUGAUGAGCUGGAGUGCAUGCGGCCGAGUGUCUACCGGAACGUGGCAAGACAGCUCAACAUCUCAGUGGCCAUGGAGACCACGGUAUCCGAUGCCUUUGUUGCCGUGGCAACAGAGAUCUUUUCUGCAGGCAUCACAUGGGGUAAGGUAGUAUCUAUGUAUGCCGUGGCCGGCGCUCUGGCGGUGGACUGUGUACGUCAGAACCAGCCUGCUACGGUCCAAACCAUAGUGGACAGUCUGGGUCAGUUUGUCCGUAAGAACCUGGCCCCUUGGCUGAAGAAACGUGGAGGAUGGACCGACAUUAAGAAAUGUGUGGUGAAGUUAGAUGCCGUUACUCAGACCCAUUGGCUGUCUCCCGUUGCCGAAUCCUGCAAGCACUUUCUGUCAACACUGUACGUCUACAUUAUGAAGGAGCCAUGAAGGAAUUGGGAGAGGAACUGUGGUUGAAAGGCCAAGAGCUUCAAGUCCUUGCAUUUGAAGGCUCUGUGCUUCAGAUGAACUAGACAGCAGACAUCCUCCUAUCUUUUUGACGGAACACAUUUUGUUAAGAUUGGUGAUGGCCAUCUAAACAGUGACUCUCCUUCGUGCAAAGUCACAGUAUCACAUUUUGUAUAAUCAUCAUCAAUUUAAUCAACAAUGACUGCUCUUCUUCCGAAGAGUAAUGCCAGUUACCCAGGAGUAAAAUUCUCGCGUACGUUUUCACUUCCCGGCCAUGAGAGAUUAUACAAAGUGUAGUCACAGUCAAUUCCAUAUACACAUAUCUUCAGUUCCGAUGAUCAAUUUUUGUUCAAAGUACUUGUACAAAACCAUGUAUCUUUCAGUGUUGUAAUAUAGUUUCCGCUACCGCGUUGCAGUGAGUAUGUGUACUGUGAUAGGUGCUCAAAUCUCUGAAGUAAGAUCCAGUUUGAUGAUAACUGAAGAAUACCAUCUGGGACUUUACACUGAAAAAAUGGACAAAGUGAUAGCAUCUGUUCUAUGGACAAGAAUGUGAUGCUUUUUGCUGCACCCCUGUGGAGGACAUGUGAAAUGUAUGAUGAGUUACUACUUUGUUGUGAUGGGAUGCACCAGUCUAUCCAGGCUUUGUCCAAACUGUACAGUGCUGUUGAUCUCAGGGGUGCAUUCACUAGGAAGCAAACGGGGAGGGAUCUACCUUGCAUUUGUCCCAUAAGAAACACGUUUGUUGCAAAAUGUUUUGCUAUAGUGUGCACUAAUGAGUACACCCCAGUUGUACCCCUCAAUAUGUACCAUUGAGUACAAAAGACAGAAUGAUGCCUAUUCUAUUUCUUUUAGACUUUUUAAAUACUAACUUUAACUAAUGUAUUUGAUUGGGAAACUGUAGUGAUGAUGAUUGAAUCUGUAUCUUUUUACAGCAUCUUUCCUGUGGUCACUUGCAAUAUUUACUUAAAGGUCCAAUGCAGCAAUUUUUUUUAUCUCAAUAUCAAAUAAUUUCUGGAUAACAAUUUAGUACCUUUAUUGUAAUUAUUUUCAAUUAAAAUGGUCAAAAUUAAACAGCUUCUUAGCAAAGAGCAAUUCCUCAAGCAAAAAUGUUGCUGUCUGGUCGUGGUCUGAGUGGGGAGGGGAAAACUAGUUGUUAUUGGCAGAGAGGUUUGUAACUUUUAUUUGUUUAUGGUGACGUUACCAGGCAGGCCAAAACUCCGUCCCUCCAAAACAGGCUGACAUUUCAGGCAGUCUUUUCAAACAGCUCUUACACUAAAAAAAGUGCAUUAUCAUAAUUUUCACAAUUUCACAGUGUUAUUCCAACCUCUGUGUCAAAAUAU